AUCCACCCCCUCCCUCCACCAAAACCCCCACCUCGUCGGCGCCACCACCAUUGCCGCCGCCGGAGAACCCGCCCUCUGGAGGUGCAGCCGCCCGCUGAUACCACCGCCCUCUCCGCCGCCAUGAUUUGCGCAAUCUCCGGCGAGGUGCCGGAGGACCCGGUCUUGUCGACCAAGUCGGGGCUGCUCUUCGAGCGGAGGCUCAUCCAGCGCUACGUCGAGGACCAUGGGAAGUGCCCGGUCACCAAGGAGGAGCUCGCCAUGGACGACCUCGUGACGGUGAAGACCGACAAGAUUCCUAAGCCUAGACCUCUGCAAGCUGCAAGUGUCCCUGGACUCCUUGGUAUGUUUCAGAAUGAGUGGGAUGCUCUCAUGCUGUCUAAUUUUGCUUUGGAGCAGCAGCUACAUACAGCAAGACAAGAGCUCAGUCAUGCGUUAUACCAGCAUGAUGCUGCUUGCCGUGUUAUCGCCAGACUAAAGAAGGAAAGAGAUGAGUCUAGGACACUUUUGGCUCAAGCUGAAAGGCAGAUUCCUAUUUCAGCUGCAGGACCUGCGCCUGUAGCUGCUGUUACAAAUGGGAAAAGAGCUUUGGAAGAUGAAGUGGGUCCUGAUGGGAAGAAGAUACGUCCUGGUAUUAAUCCUGUCAUGAUCGAUGAAUUAACAGAAUGCAAUUCCGUGCUCUCAGCACAGCGCAAGAAACGGCAGGUACCUCCAAGUUUGGCACCAAUUGAUGCACUUGAAAGAUAUACUCAAAUCUCCAGUCAUCCACUUCAUAAGACAAACAAACCAGGGAUUUUAUCUAUUGAUAUUCAUCAUUCAAAGGAUAUUAUUGCUACUGGGGGUAUCGAUACAAACGCAGUUCUUUUUGAUAGGCCAUCGGGUCAAGUCUUGUGCACUCUCACUGAUCACUCAAAGAAGAUUACAAGUUUGAAAUUUGUUCCCCGGGAUGAGCUUUUGAUAACCGGAUCAGCAGAUAAGACUGUCCGUGUAUGGCAAGGCAAUGAAGACGGAAGUUAUGGUUGCAGGCACACAAUGAGAGAUCAUGGUGCAGAGGUUGAAGCUGUGACGGUCCAUGCUAGUCAGAAAUACUUUGCAACUGCCUCCAGAGAUAGCACAUGGUGCUUUUAUGAUAUUUCAACAGGGUCUUGCCUCACACAGGUUGGCGAGGCUUCUGGACAAGAUGGAUACACAUCAGCAGCUUUCCACCCGGACGGUCUUAUACUUGGAACAGGCACGUCAGAAGGUGUUAUCAAAAUUUGGGAUGUAAAAUCUCAGACAAGGGUUGCAAAGUUUGAAGGGGAGGUCGGGCAUGUUGGAACAGUGACUGCUAUGUCCUUCUCAGAAAAUGGAUAUUUCCUAGCGACCGCAGCCCUUGAUGGUGUCAAGCUUUGGGAUCUACGAAAAUUGAGGAAUUUUAGGACCCUGUCUCCAUACGAUCCAGACACACCAACAAGUUCUGUGGAGUUUGACUUUAGUGGAAGUUAUAUCGCCGUUGCUGGUUCUGAUAUAAGGGUUUACCAAGUGGCCAAUGUCAAGACGGAAUGGAAUCUUGUCAAGACAUUACCAGAUUUAUCCGGCACAGGGAAAGUGACAUCGGUGAAGUUUGGGGCAGAUGCUAAGUAUGUGGCCGUAGGUUCCAUGGACCACAACCUGCGCGUGUUCGGGCUCCCUGGAGAUGAGCAGAUGGAGGUGGCAAAAUGAGAAUCAGCGGAGCAAUGAGUAGACGACGAUACAUGUUGUCGCCACAACCAUUUUGCCUUUGGUGGUUAGCCCUGCGCGUCUUGUCCAGGAUAUGCUUGAAAGAGGAAUGCAUGUCCCCGAACUGAAGCAGCCAGGCGGUCCAAGUAGCUGAGCAAACCUGCUGGGUGAGCCGCAUGUUUUUGUAGUUUGAUGAUGAUGUUUGCGCCGAAAUAUGUAGGAUGCAGAAAGGCUUUCCGCAGCUGGGGUGGGUCAUAGGGUGUGCGUGUAGACAGUACCCUAGGUUUUGGAUUUAUAUUAUGUAUAGGUCGAAUUACCAGGCAUAUGGUUGAACUUGAACUGCACGAGGCAGGCAGAAGCGACGUCGAGGAUUCCGCUAUCCUGUCGACAUGGAUUUCUA